UCCGCUGAGUUACACAUCGAGCUGCAUGCACCCGGCAUCUAUCUCUUUCUCUUAUCUCUAUCACACAUUAUUAACGUUCACAAAAAAUUAUACUAUAAUUAAUAAUUAAUAAUCAAAAAAAACAAAUUAUUAUCAUAAUAACACACGUGUUUUAUUUUUUUUUUGUUUUCCAUUUUUUUUAAUUGCUACAUAAUAUUUGUUUUUUUUUAUUUGGUUUUUUUAAUACGUUCAAAAUUGGACAGCAUUUUAUAAUUAAUUGUAAAAAGGCUGAUAAUAAUUAUAUAUAAAAAAAACAGCAACAAUAAAUUGUGACAUAUGUGACAUUUUUUGGAUUCAAAAUUUAUUGGAAUAUUUCGUGAACACACGUAAUCAAAUUUUGAAUGACAAUAUACAACAUAUUUACGUUGAAAAAGAAAAAAAAUAAAUUCACUUAUUGAAAUAAAAAAUAUAAGUGAACUUUUAUUUCUAAUAUUGUUAGAAUUUUAUUUUUAAUUUUGUUUGUUGUUUGGUGAUCAGUGAGAAGAAUUGAGUGAUCACACAAAAUUCAACUGGGAAAAAACAAAUUCAAAUUUAAUUCAAAUUUCUGAAGAUUUUGAGUCAUAAUUAAGUUCAGUGGUGAUAAAGACAGGUUUAACACAAUUCAGUAUUAUAUAUUUUUUUUAUUUAUUUCAUCAACGAGGUGUUAAGUUUGCAUUUUUUAUAAAAAAAAAAUAUAUAUAUAUAUAUACAUAACAACAGUUUUAAAUACACAUUUAAUCAAUAUUGUCAAGGAUAAAAAUAAAUAAAUAAAUAAAAAUAUACAACAAUACAUAAAAUUGUUGAUAAAAAAUAGAAUAUUAUAUUAUAUUUGAAAAAUUGAUAUAAAAAAAUCGUAAAAACGAUUUAUUCAAAACCAAAAAUGGACAUCGAAAUUCAGUUGGCACUGAAUUUCGUAAUAUCAUAUCUUUAUAAUAAAUUACCACGUCGUCGUGUUAAUAUAUUUGGUGAAGAAUUGGAAAAAGCAUUAAAAGAUAAAUUUAAAGGACAUUGGUAUCCAGAAAAACCAUUUAAAGGUUCAGCAUAUCGUUGUUUAAAAACAGGUGAUCCAAUUGAUCCAGUACUUGAACGUGCUGCUAAAGAAAGUGGUGUACCAAUACAAGAUAUAUUAGAAAAUUUACCAACUGAAUUAGCAGUAUGGAUUGAUCCUGGUGAAGUAUCAUAUCGUAUUGGUGAAAAAAGUGGUGUUAAAAUAUUACACUCAGAACAAUCUGAUUUACAUGAUGAAUCAUCAGCUGAUCGUGAAGUAACUAAAACAUUUAAUCCAGAAGCCCAAUGUUUUCGUCCAAUUGAUGCUGUUGGUACAUCAUUAAGUGGAUUAAGUUUAAGUCCAAAAUCAACAUCACCAUUUCCAUCAUCAAUUGGUAGUACAAUUAGUAAUGGUUCAACAAAUAAUCAAUUAAAUGGACAUAUUUCUGGCUCAUCAUCAGCACCAUCACCAACACAAUUAACUGGAAAUUAUAAAAAUUCACCAAGUCCAGUACAAGCUUUUAUUCCAAGAUCAACAGCACCACUUACAUUUACAACAGCAACAUUUGCACAAACUAAAUUUGGCAGUACUAAAUUGAAAACAAACAGCAAAAGAGCUAACAGAUCAACGUCUUUCAGAAUGUCACCAACGGAAUUUUCAAACUACAUUAAACAACGUGCAAUACAACAACAAAUACAUCAUCAUCAUCAUCACCAUCAUCAUCAACAACAACAACAUCAACAAAAUGGUUUACCAGGAUCUCAAAUAUCACCAACAUCACGUUCUUUAUCACCAGGUGUUAUUGGUGGUCAACCAGUUGGUAAUCAACAACAACAUAAUGAUCAAAAUGGAUACUUUUUACCAGCUCCAUAUCAUCAACAAUAUUCACAUCGUAAUAUAUUUGAUUCAUCAAAUCAAUCUGGUUAUUUACCAGAAUUAUAUGGCAGUAAAUAUCAAUCAAGUUAUCUUGAUACACCAACAAUUAGUCAUCAAUUUUAUAGUGGUAAUAGUGGUGGUAGUGGUGGUGGUAGUAGUGCUGGUAGUAUUGGUGGUACAAAUUCACCACCAACAAAUUUAGGACCAAUUGGUUCUGGUACAUCAACAACACCAACAAAUCAACAAGAUAAAAAUAAUACAAUUGUUGAUGGUCUUAAUAAUUUUGGUCUUGGUUCAGUUACAUCACAUUAUCCAGCAAGUCAAUAUCAACAUUUACUUGUUGCUAAUUAAUAAUAAUAAAAUUAUUAUUUCUCAUGAUCCUCCUCAGUUAAAAAUAUUAUUAAAAUUCAUAACAAUUUAUUAAAUUUAAUUUAUCAUAAUGAAAAAAAAAGAUAAAAAAAAAAAAAUAUUAUAUAAAAUAAGACGAUUUAAAAAAAAUAAUUAUUGAAGAUAAAAAAAUGUCCUCUUCAUUUGAGGCUGUGGAUCUUAUUUUUUAAUUAAUAUUAAAACAUUUUUUUAUUUUUUUAAAACUUAUUUCAUUUUUUUUUUUUUUUUUUUUUUAAAUAAAAUAAUUGUUGCUGCUUUUUUUUUCUUAAAUUUUUGUUUAUAAUAUUAAAAAAAAAAUAUAUAUAUUAAUUAGGAAAAAGGAUAUAUUUAAAGAAAAGACAUUUGAAAUUUUUUAUUUUUUUUUUUUUGAUAUAACAAUGUAAAAAUUAUGAAUUUUUAUAUUUUUUAAUAAAUUUAUGUAUUAUUUCUAUUAUCAUUUUUUUUUUUAUUUGAACUAUUAUUGUUACUGUUUUUUUUUAAGGAGGUUUUUGGGACGAACCAUGAGAAAAAUGAUAUAAAUGGGUAAAAAAAAAAAACGAAACGAUGAUCUAUGAUAAUGAUAUUAUUGACAUAAAAGAAAUAAAAAAAAAAAAAACAAAAAUAAUUUAUUUUUUCACUGGAUUAGUCAAAGAAUAAUAAUAUAUCUCAGAUGCACUCACAUCAUGGGUUCGUUUCUAAACGGUAUCAAAUUAAAUUAAUUGAAUUAAUAUUUAAAAAUAAAUAACAACAAAAUAGGGAGGUUAAAUUGAAAGGAAGAAAAUAAUAAUAUGACGUGUUUUUAAUUUGAAAACAAAAAUUGAUUAAUUAAUAAUUUGAUGAAUUUCAUUGACCAAAAUCACAGGUCUAACUCAAUUGCUAAAAAAAAAAAAAAAAUUAAAUAAAUAAAACUCGUUCAUUGGUACGAUAUUAAUAUUUUAUUUUUGUAUAAUAACAUGAAAUAAAAUUAAAAUAAAUAAAUAUAAAUAAUAUUCACAAAAUUACAAAAAAAUUAAAUUUGCAAUAUCUUAAAAAUAAUAAUAUUGAUUAAAUAUCUAUCUGCAAUAGUUUUUCAAAAUACAUUUAUUUACUUUAAAAAAAAACCAGUGAUUUUAUUUAUUUAUUUAAUUUUUUUAUGAGUUUAUUUGUUUUAUUUAUUUUCAAAAAUUAUUAUGACCAAAAAGAUGAGGUAAAUUUAUAUGUCAACUUAUUCUUGUUACGUUUGCAAUUUCAAUUAGAUGAAUUACAUAAUUAAAAUAUGAAAAAGAAAUAAAUACACAGUUGUUACUAAGCACAAUGACCUCGAGUUUGUCAACAUGGCACCAACAAAUAAAUAAACACUAUCUGAUAAAAGUUGACAAGCUUUUAUCACAUUGAGUAAAUUUGCAAAUAACAACAAUAAUAAAAUAAUAAUCUUAAAAAUUGAAUUAAAUAAAUGAAUAAUAGUGUCAUAAGCCAACCAUGCCAGACACUAGGUGCUAAAAGUAUUUAAAUUAAAAUAUUUAAACCAAAACAAACAAAAAAAAUUAUCAUAAAAACGUGAAAUUAACAUCAAUAAGAAGAAAAAAAAUAUAAUUUAUUUAUUUUUUUUUUCUAAAUAAUGUCAUUAAACUUUUUGACAUGAAAAAAAUUACAAUAUAUAAACAAAAUUUAUUGACCCAAGAAGAUAUAAUUAUAUAUGACAAAAAAAAAAAAGUUUUUUUUUUUUCUAUAAGUGGGGACACAAUGACACACAAUACAUUACCCAAAUAGUUAAAUUAAAUAUUAAAACUUAAUUAUAAUAAUAAUUAAAGAAAAUAAAAAUGAAGCUAUUAACGAUACGUUCGACUGUGGUAGCUAUGCUAGUACCUGCUAUUGUUAAUCGAAGAUAAAAAAAUUUAAAAAUUAUUUCAAAAUUUCUAAUUAGAACUUAAACUAAUGGGGUCUCAUAUUUUUUUUUUUUUUAUUUCAUUAUUAAAUAAUCAGUCUAACAAGUAAAACACAACAAACAAGAUGACACAAAUAUAAAAACCAUUGAAAUGAUUUUUUUUUUUAAAUAUGCGGGUUUAAAAAAUUAAAAAACAAUUUGCAAUAAGACACACAAAUCAAAUGGAUCUCGGGGUGCGAUGAAUCUGUAGCCUCAGCGAUGAAUCAAAUACGAUGUAUACUCUACCGAUAAUAUAAAAAUACAAAUAAUGCAAUAUACAUAUAAAUAUACAUAUAUAAUUAAAUAAAUAAUUAAUGGACAAAGUGAGAAUUCAAAAAGAAAAAAAAGUAAUAUAAAUUAAAUAAAUUAAAUAUGGCAAAAAAAUAAAUAAAAAAACAUAGUAUUAUACGUUUAAAAUACGGAAUGUAUGAUACACUUUAUAUGCAAAUAUUAUUAUUAUAUAUAUUUAAAAUAAUAAAUAUAAAAAAAAAAAAAAAUUAAAUAAUUAAAAAUACACAUAGUUUUCCAUUGCAUUAAUUGAAUGUACUCGUUGAAUCGCGACUCGAUACAAAAUAAAUAAAAAAUUAUAUAUAGUUUAUUGAUGAGACUACAGUCAAUAUUCAUAAAUCAACAAAAAGGUAUAUUCAAAAAUAAAUAAAAAAAAAAACAAAAAAAAAAAAUAUAAUAAUAAUAUUAAUAAAUAAAUUUAAAAAAAAAAAUUCAACUCGUUUUUUCGCAUGUGGUUGAUAAAUCUGUCUUUUAAAAUAUGAAGUGUCUGUUAAUUUAAAUUAAAAAAAAAAAAACAUUAGUAUCAUCUGAUUAUUAAAAAAUGAUAUAUAAUAAUAAUAAUAAGAAUAAUAAUUUUAAUAAUUAAACAAUUAAACGAAAUAAAUAUAAAAAAAAAAAAUAACCAAAGUCGUUCAAAAAAAAAAAAAUAUAAUUAAAUUUUAAAAAAAUUUUAAAGUUUUAAUUAAAAUAAUAAUAAUUGAAAAAUUAAAACAAAUAGAAGUUAUAACUGCAUAUAUUCUUAUACUUAGCUGAGUCAAAUUUGAGGAAGGAAACAGGCAGGGUCUCCAAAAAAAAAAAAAAAAACAAUGAUUGAAAAUCCUAAAUAAAAAAGGUAUUAGAAAAAUUUAAAAAAUAGCUAAAUUAAAAACAGACUCUGUAUUCUUGCAUGUAAAUAAUUAAUCAAUAGCCGUCUUGCAUAUAUAUAAACAAUGAGAUCCACAUAGAAAUUUUUUUUCUUUCCAGAAAAAAAAAAAAAAAACAGACAAAAAGUGAAAACACUGAGAAUAGAAAAGAUCUAAAUGGAACCAAAAAAAAUAAUGAAGAAACAACUAUCUUAACAUAGUAAAUUUCAUUGAAGUUGAAAAAAAAAAAAUAUGAAUAAUUUAGAUUUGUAAUUAAUUAUAUAUAUUUUUCAAUACCUUAACUACUUGCUAUAUGUAAAACUAUAAAAAAAAAAAAAUAAGAAAAUCACUUUUCAAUGAGAUAAAUAACUGUAAAAAAAAAAAAAAAAAUAUCAUUUAAAAUUGGGCCAAUAGAGCAUCGUUUAUUGUCCAAAAAUUGGAAUUUUUUUUCAGUUAAUUUAUUAAAUAAAUUUGUUUAUCUUGUUUUUUUUUUUUUUUUUACAAAAAUGUUAGCCUCAAGUGGUCAAUUUGAGUUAUGUCAUUGGCCCAAAUAAUAAAUAAACAUAAUGCAUAUUAGUCAAAUCACCUUCAAUGAGUGGCAGGUUCACAAUGAAGGUGAAAAAAUAAAAAAAUGCAAGUUAGC